AUGAAGCUGGACGAGCUUCGGAACCUCAUGAUAGGCUACCGCAUUUCGCCCCAGGGACCUCUUCUGAACGCUCCGUUGGACGAUGAGGACCGAGCAGAACUCAGCGCAGCAUUCUUGAGAAGUGCAGAGACUGGUAACAGGCCUUGGGCCUCAAUUGCCAUCGAUGACUGGCUGCAAGCAGGCAAAUGGUGGUUGUUAAAGGUUCGGUCACAAAUGAAUCGUCUAGCUGAAGGGACUGAGAUUAAAGUUCAUGCCUAUGUCAACCUACUUAAGGCAUGCUGGAUACUGGCGGAUAUUGUCUCAAUACACCCACAACGUGUUCAUUUAGGUGCUUCCAACGACAGAAGAAACGAAGACAUCCGGAAUCUCAGUCAGGUAGAGUAG